AUGCGCCCUCUGCUGGAUACAUUGUACAGAGGAACGAUCCACAUGGUGUGCAGGAACAAGGACAAGGCUGAGGAGGCGAGGGCGGACAUCGUCAAGGAGACAGGAAAUAAAGAGAUCUACGUCCACAUCCUGGACUUAUCUGAGACGAGGAAGGUCUGGGAGUUUGCUGAGAACUUCAAGAAGAAAUUUAAGACCCUCAAUGUGCUCAUCAAUAAUGCAGGAGCCAUCAUGAGUCAGAGGGACGUGAACGCUGAAGGACUCGAGAAGAGCUUUGCUGUCAACGUGCUCGGGGUUUACAUUCUCACCAAGAGUCUCAUUCCUUUACUGGAAAAGAGUCCAGAGCCCAGAGUGAUCUCGGUGUCGUCAGGCGGGAUGUUGGUGCAGAAGCUCAGGAUAGGAAAUCUGCAGUCUGAGAGAGGUCGCUACGAUGGCACCAUGGUCUACGCCCAGCACAAAAGGCAACAGGUGGUGAUGACAGAGCAGCUGGCCAAGACUCACACCAACAUCCACUUCUCUGUCCUGCAUCCCGGCUGGGUGGACACUCCAGCGGUGGCCAACGCCAUGCCAGACUUCCACCGCUCCAUGAAGGACAGCCUGCGGACCCCCGAGCAGGGGGCUGACACCGUGGUGUGGCUCGCCGUCUCUGAGGCUGCUGCCGCGAACCCUAGUGGACAUUUCUAUCAGGACCGAAGGGUGGCGCCCACCCACCUGCUGCUGGCCUGGACCCACAGCUCCCCGCUGGAGGAGCAGAAGCUGCUCUCGCUGUUGGAGGACUUGGCCAAGACGUUCCAGCCCCACUGAGGCCAAUCGACGAGAGCGUCAACGCCGACACUGAAGGUUUCUGUUGACCUGAGCGCUGACGUUUGAAACAUCUGCUCCAGAUGAGGAGCAGGGCCUAGGAGCAUUAAUGUGAAACAUGGCGGACGUGAAACGCCUAGCCUUACGAUAGACUAAAUGUUGCUAAAACAGAAGUAUUCAGGUUGCUGUCUAACAUUUGUGAGCUUAACGGUUGAUGAACUCCAUCUUUUACUG